AUGUCUUCUAAAAUAAACAACACGCGCUAUUUCAAUGUGUUUAAUUUAUCCGUUAUGUUUUUGUUGAAAGGAAUCAUUCCAAACUCAGUGACUGGAGAUUCAAAAUGGAAACUUAAGGGGACGAUGAAUGGCUAUCAAGCAGAAAUUAUGUCCUGCGCGACAGAUAAAGUCGCCACGACAGACAAACUACAAGAACCAAUCGGUGUGGUGAGUCAUAUCCACUGUGCUCAAUUCUGCGCCAAAGAGUUACUAUGUGACCUGGCUCUGUAUCAGACGUUCGCAAAUGGCUCCAAGUCCUGCACUUUGUUACAGCAGUUAAACUUAAGUAACUCAAGUGGUAGAAUUGACUUCACCUCGUCUGUGAAAUGUUCUUUAAUACUCUCCAACCCUUGUCUUAACGGAGGACUGCUGGAAAACGAAAUAUGUGUUUGUAAACCUGAGUUUUCUGGUGAAAGAUGCGAGUAUAAGAAUCCAAGCUGCUGCAAUGGGCAGUGGAGGCUCGUCUAUACCUCGUCGCCUUCGGUCGCCCCGCCAGUUUAUGAAAACCAAGAUCUUCAUCACUCUAAGUUGAGGUACAGAGACGCCGCUACCAACGCCACAGUGGUUUUAACUGCAGCAUAUUGUAGCUGCACUUUAAAUGAAAGGUUGUCCUUCGAAUCCCACACCACUCUAGAAAAAUCGAGCUGGAACUCAACGAUUUCCAAAAGACGCUUCUUGCAUUUCAGAUCUGAUGGUGGCUAUCAGAGUGUAAGCUUUAACUUUGCUAAGAGCAGCUACUCUACAUACACAGGCACUGCAAAAUUUGAUUUCUUUGUCAGGGAUCCAAUAUUUCAGCUUCAGAUCUCUUAUGACCCGCUGAACUGCGUUCUUCUUAGGUCAGCGCUGUCCGAAGGUUUUGAGCACUUCGAGCAGACGACAACGGCAUUGUACGAUGAUGAGAACAUUGUCUUUCAAAUUUCGGAACUGUAUCAAACUGUCUACUAUGGAGGUCACUUCACUAGUCCGCAGACAUGGUACAACUUUAAAACCGUCUGGGGAAAAGCCGUAAGUGCAGUUGAAAUAGCGAUCGGGAAAGGAACUUUUGAAAAUAUCGAGGAUGAUAGUUCAUCCGGAAAUGCUAUUUUAGACACGUGUUGGAUGGCACUCUCGUUGGAUAAAUCUGGCAGACUGCAACCUAAAAAACUGGCUAGUUACCUACAGAGAGGUCACAGUGUCAAGGUCUUUUUUGACAACGUCUACUACAAUGUCAUUGAAGUGGUUGGGGUCGAAGGUCAACUGUUUUUCGUAUUAAAGCACCACAUGACAAAGACAGGGGCGGAACCUCUGGACACCUUGACGUACGGGGUGAAGACCAUCGUCUCUUCCGCGGGGAAAUAUGAAAGAUGCGCCCACGUUAUGGAAGGGGAAACAGUGAAGGCUACAUCCAGUGGCGUCACCGCAACCCUCAGAUGGUUUCUGGACACGAAGACUUGGACUCUUGCCUAUUCGGUGACUUCUAACAACAGUAUUGAACAGGGCUCUCUUAGUGUACUGGCGCAAGCAGUGCUGGACGGCAGAGAUGUCCGUGUGUGGGUCAAGUGGCUAUUGUACGACAAGUCCAGAUAUAUGGAGACACAGCAAAGCUCUGUAACUCCGUCAGGCAAAGUAAAUUUUAAUUUGAUUUAGCUUCGGCUUACUUUCGAAAACAAAAGUUGGGAUUUUUUUUUUUUGGACAGGAUGUGUU